AGUCGGUAAACGGGGUGUUGCGUGCGUUAACGCUACUGAUAUAAAGCUUUUUCCAAUGGUAACUUUUUACUGUUUCGUACUUAAGUAGCUAGCGGAAGAGCAAUACAGAAACGCAUUAUUAGCGCUGCGUUUUUCACACAAUUUCUAGAAUGUAUUCACGCAUGCAAUGAUGAUCGCGAUCUAGCGGAAAAUCAACUAAUUUCCUGUGAGGUAGAGGGACGAGAUAUAUCGCCAUUAAAUACUCGUACUGAUAACCGAAUAUCAAAGUCGAUUUCCCCAUAAAAUGACCUCUCUCCGAUCUAAGACUAAAUACAGUUUUUCACGUGUGGAAGCAGAUUUAACGGGCGAAUGACAACCUAACAAUAUCUCAAAAGUAUCUUAUUUUGUCACAAGAACAGAAAUCUAUAUCAUUACCAACAUUCUUCUACAUCUGGCAAGUAUUUCCCUUUUGGGGAAAAAAACAGCACGUUCGACCUAAUUUCUUUUUUUUUUUUAUUUUUACUAUUUUCAAAGUAGUAGAUGUAUUUCUUAUCGGCUCUCGCACCAGUCCUUUCCACCAGCUUUUUAAAUCGGCGCGGGAAAAAUGAUAAUUCUCUCUGUUAGAGUCACAACCGUUACAAUGGUUGUUUGCGAUCUGGUUUCGUUGUAAUAAACGAACGAUAACGAAAAAACGGCCAAGUUCUCCCACAACUGAACCACUGAGAUCAUAUGGGAAUUACAACACUUUCCAACCGAACUGUGAAACACAACAAAAGUGAUAAAGAAGACAGCAAAGGGCCAAAGACAGGUUCAGCAGUAAAAGAAACCACCACCACUACUACCACCACAACCACAACAACAACUACCACUGCAGCCACUACUACACCUACUGUCAAGCCACAAAAAAGUAUGACUCCAGUGCCUCAGGAAGCAACUUUUGAAGGAAUACCAUGGUGGGCAGUAUUUGCAGCUGGUGGGUUAGUGCUCAUUAUAGCUGGCAUUUGCUGUUACUGUGUCUGCUAUCGUCAAUGUUGCAAAAGGAAAAAGAAAGAUGAGAAAAAAGCUGUGAAGGAGAAGGUUGACUUGAAAGCCGUACAGAUGCUGGCUGCCAGUUACCAAGAGAAAGUUCAGCCAUCUGUAGAUGAGUUAGAUUAUAACAGUGAUGAAUUCCAGUCUGAUGGCAGCUCAGGAGUAAAGAUAGGCCGCAUUCACUUCACCCUCGACUAUAGCUUCAAUGAUAACUAUCUCACAGUUGAGGUAAUAGAAGCUCAGGAUGUCCCAGCUAAAGAUUUCAGUGGAACGUCUGAUCCAUAUGCAAGAGUUAUGUUGUUACCAGACAGGAAAAAGAAAUUUGAUACUAAGGUUCACCGGAAGACUCUAAAUCCAGUUUUCAAGGAAACAUUUGUUUUCAAGAACAUUCCCUACAGUGACAUAACAAAUAGAACUCUUUGUAUAGAGUUGUAUGACUUUGAUCGGUUCUCUAGACAUGAUAUCAUUGGAGAAGCCAAGCUCCCUCUAAUUGAUGUAGAUUUAGCUACUAGCAUCGACGAGUGGCGAGCUCUAAUUCCACCAUCAUCUUCAAGAGGACUUACUGGGCCUCCCAAGUCUGAACUAGGCCAGCUUUGUUUCUCAUUGCGUUAUGUCCCCGCCACUGGUAAACUUCAAGUGGUAAUAUUAGAAGCUAAAGAUCUUAAAAGUAUGGAUGUGACAGGUUAUUCAGAUCCUUAUGUCAAAAUAGCCUUGAUUCAAGAUGGACGGAAACUCAAGAAGAAAAAGACAACUGUCAAGAAGAGGACUCUUAACCCUUACUUCAAUGAGAACUUUAGUUUUCAAGUUCCCUUUGAGAACAUAGAGCAAACUUCUUUGAUAAUCUCUGUGUUGGACUACGAUCGAGUUGGUCGCAGUGAAGUGAUUGGAAAAUGUGUUGUAGGUGAAUUGUCAACAGGUCCGGAUCGGCAGCACUGGACAGACAUGCUAGCAUCGCCACGGAGAGCAAUUGCACAGUGGCACACUUUACAUAACUAGGACUAGCAGUUUUUUCACAAAAUAUAACUCAACCACAAUUUUUUUUUUCAGAAGAGUAUAAAGAGGUUAAAGCUGUACAUAACACUGUAAAAUGAAUAGAAUAUAAAUCUGAAGCCUCUUACUGUAAUGUUUGAAUCAGUGGUAACAUGGUGGGUUGAGUAUACUCAUUUUCCAAAAAAAAAAAAUUUAGUUAUUGUAAUAGCAGUAUGAUUUGAUAAAUAUGACAUGCACUCAUUUUUUUUUUUUAAUUAAAUGUGGUGUAGUGAACUUUCUGAGAGAAUACUUCCAAUAAUUGUAAGAGUCUUAAGAUUACAUCCCUCUGAGAGCUGUGGUAAUUUUAUAGAGUUAAAAAUAUUAGUGACAAGAAACUAUGUCAUGAUUCAUAGAGGGCUAGUAAAUUCUUAAAAGGGAAAAGACUGUACACUAAUUUAUGCUGUUUAACUUGGUUCUUUGGUUUAAGAAAUAUUAAUUGUAAAAGUGGGUCUAUUCACAAGUGGAAUUUAGAUUUUGAGUGUUCAUUUAAGUGAGAUUAUGUUCAACUCAGUCUUUUCCACAGUUGGAAUCAUUUUCAGCAAGCUGUUUUAAUAAAAAAUUAAAUAUGUAUGCAAUUGCUUGAAGAGCUAUAACACUACUGUUAACCUUUUGAA